AUGUCACAUGGACGCUGAUCCUGCACAUGACUACUGGUAGCCGUAGCCAAGUAAGUUUUGGCAACCCGACAUGUUUUUUUUCCUCCACGUCGGCCAUUUUUAGUGCAGUGAGUACGAAUCCGGUCCCUGCGUGUGGCAUUACUGAAUCACGUGAGGGUGGGUUCACUUUGCUGUUGUACUAAGAUUUGAUGGUUGGACAUCGAGAAAAAAAGACUACGGUCAGUAGCACGGAUCAAACCACGGUAACCCACUGGGCUGUUCAGCCUGAUUCAUAACACACGACCAAAUGCUGUACAUGUAACCUUGCCGGUAACCUGCUUGUACUGCACUGUGCCAUUUGUCGUCUACGCACCACCCUUUUGGUAAAGAGACAACUGUUACUAUGGGUGCAUUUGCAAGUAUAUUUAAGAACCUUUUUGGCAAGAAGGAGAUGAGAAUCCUAAUGGUUGGACUGGAUGCCGCUGGAAAGACCACCAUUUUGUACAAACUCAAGCUGGGAGAGAUUGUCACAACCAUUCCGACAAUUGGAUUCAACGUAGAAACAGUUGAAUACAAGAACAUCAGCUUCACAGUCUGGGACGUUGGUGGUCAGGACAAAAUCAGGCCUCUGUGGCGACACUACUUCCAGAACACACAAGGCUUAAUAUUUGUGGUUGACAGCAACGACAGAGAGCGAAUAGGUGAAGCUAGAGAGGAGCUCUUCAGAAUGCUGAAUGAAGACGAACUGAGGGAAUCCCAUCUUCUGGUGUUUGCAAACAAACAGGAUCUUCCCAAUGCAAUGAACGCAGCUGAAGUCACCGAAAAGCUGGGCCUGCACAGUCUGCGAGGGCGAAUGUGGUUCAUCCAGGCAACGUGUGCCACCAGUGGAGACGGUCUGUACGAGGGCCUUGACUGGCUGUCUUCUCAUUUGAAAAACACCUCCAAAAAGAGAGGAGCUGUCACCAUGGGAGCAUUUGCAAGUUUAUUUAAGGGCCUUUUUGGCAAGAAGGAGAUGAGAAUCCUAAUGGUUGGACUGGAUGCCGCUGGAAAGACCACCAUUUUGUACAAACUCAAGCUGGGAGAGAUUGUCACAACCAUUCCGACCAUUGGAUUCAACGUAGAAACAGUUGAAUACAAGAACAUCAGCUUCACAGUCUGGGACGUUGGUGGUCAGGACAAAAUCCGGCCUCUAUGGCGACACUACUUCCAGAACACACAAGGGUUAAUAUUUGUGGUCGACAGCAACGACAGAGAAAGAGCAAAUGAGGCUAGAGAAGAGCUGAACAGAAUGCUCCAAGAAGACGAGUUGAGAGAUGCAGUUCUUCUAGUGUUUGCAAACAAGCAGGACCUUCCCAAUGCAAUGAACGCGGCAGAGGUCACCGACAAGCUGGGCCUCCACAAGCUACGCAGCCGCUCCUGGUACAUCCAGGCCACGUGCGCCACCAGUGGAGAUGGUCUGUACGAGGGCCUGGACUGGCUGUCACAAGAACUCAAAAAAGGGGGAAAAUAAGCACACGCCUGAUCUGGACGUUUUGAUGUGUGUAGAUAAAUCAUUUCAUGUGGGGAUUCUUGUCUUUUGGGGGGGUUCACUGAUAAAUUUUUCUUUCCUUUUUUCCAGGGGGGGGGGGUUUCGUGGGUGAGGUAGUUGGAGAUGGGUUUAGGAAGUGAAAUGGCUAUUUCUAAGGAAAUAAGUUUUCAUCGACAUAUGUUAUCCAUAGUUGCAACAUUUAGGAGUUGUAAAGAUAUUACACUGUAAUCUUUGUUUUUUCUUAAGAAGGCAUGCAGAAACAGCAUGCAAUCUCCAGCCCAUGACCCAAGUCAGUGAACAAAGCAAUGAGGAAAGCAAAUUGAUCUCUGAUAAUCUCUCUCAGACCUGUGGGCAAUUUCAAGGACCCAAUGCUUGUAUGCACAUGUCCACGUAUGCCUAGAGCAGGCCUCAAUCACUCAAGCGUCUGGAUAAGAAGCACAGUGUUCCGCUGCCACCUGUAUGUCGUACCCAUGUUAAGCAGUCAUUUUCUUUAACAAAAAGUUGUUUUAGUAUAUAUAAACGCACCUGUAAUGGUUGUGGGUAUAUCUAAAGCUUAGUGAUCUAUGAAAAAUUUAAUACUGUAUUAAUUAUGUCUUUAAAAAGAAACAAGGCUGACUCAACUAGAGCUCUUUGGGUUAGUAGGAUGCACAAACUCCCCAGUCAUAUCAGAUUCAAAGCUUUGUAGUCCUUCCCUGGAAUCCAUUGCUUGACCUUUGUUUCUUUACAUUUUGAGAGCGUACCCGGCUACAUCGUGCCAUUAAGAGGAUGCUGAUAGCUGACGUCCCAAGAUAGUGACGUCAGUGUGGGACACUGACAUCUUCCAUGACAACAGGGACACAAUCCAUGAGUUGUUGCAGUGGGGUUGCCACGUAUGCUGCAACUCGCACUGUCCGAUGGCACGUGCAUGUUGUCCGUGCAGUGCCAGAGGUCAUGCAUUGCCUGUAAACAGGGACCAUACAGAAACUAAAAGAGGUUGGGACACCAAUCCUUGCUCGUGGGAAAAGUAUUUUGUUACACAUGAAAGAGUUGAUCUGCAGUUGGGAUGUUCAUAACUUUGUGAUUGCCCUAAAAAAAAUAAACGGAACUUCGGAAUAUCACGCAUUUGUAUGCAGUGACUUCAAACCAGUCCCCGCUGUUCCAUUUGGUAUUUGGUCCUCUGACAAGACAUUCUGGUUUCAACUUUUCAGUUGACUCUUCUGUAUGUAGUAGUUAUUCGAGACUUGUGAGUCAACAAAAUUCCUCGGAGAAAAAAGAGCAGAGUCAUGUACUCUGAUUUUUAUAAUGGAAUACAGUAAUAUAUAUAUGUACAAACUACCAGUGGUCGCAGUGUUUUUUGGAACAAAUGGCCCAACUUUAAAAAGCAAGCACGUGUGAUCUGAAGAACCAGUUAAAAAGCAUUUGUAGUAAGCAGGAAAAACCUCGAGGGUUGGUAAACAGUGUAGAGGUGUUUCAACUUUCGUUGGUGUAUUUUUUUUUCUGAGGACUGGCAUUGAAUGUGGACUUUGCCCACAUCGUGUUUGCCACUUUGCACUGUCUCACAUGGCUUAUCUUAACCACGCAAUCGCCUGUAAUAUGUAGAAAUGUAGCAGUUUCAUUCUAACCGGAAAUCAUUUAACCAAUAAGCGUAGUAUCCUCUAUUGUAACAGGCAAUUCAUUGUAAUAACUGAUUCUAUAAAAUACAGGCCGUUUUGUCAAAUGUGCAAAUUCUUACAAUCUUGUGAUCUUUCUAAAGUGUGCAUGUAUAUUUUCCAACUCCGUUGCCGGUGAGUAUAGCAGCCUCAAUUUUUCUCCCAGUUUAGUUUUGGCAGUGUCUGAAGUAUUUGGAGAGGAAAUUUUGGAAAGCAUGGGACCAGGAAGUACUGCAGUUGCGACAUGUCAAAAAAACCACUGGGGAAAAUUUGCACGAAUUUUUAAGCGGACUGAAUUCAGUGGUAUCAUAUUGUGUGAGGUCCGUUAUAUUUAAAGGAACUAGUUAAACCUGAUAUGCCCCUGUGAACUUUUGCCAAGAAAUCCUGGUUGCUUUCUUCCUUGCAUUACCACGGCAGUGAAAAAAGGCAAAAGUUCCUUUUUUGAGAGAUGCGGCAUGCACUACACUGUUCUACACAUCUUUGUACAUGUACUUGAUCUUUAUAGAUUUGGACCUGCUGUUGUGAUUUUUCUUUAGUGUUCAUGUUAACUGUGCAGAAGUUAUUUCACGUCAGAGAAGUGGAGAUCCCAAUAAUACAGCAGCACGCCAGCCGAUCUGCGGUUUGUUGUAACUGAUUAAAGUGCACUUUAUGGUUGGCAAGACCUGGACACAAAGGUCAGUUAUUGUAAGCUAGACAAACCACAUCGUAAGGUUUAAUCUUGUGUUGGGAAGACGACAGUACGCUUUCUCUGUACUGAUGAAAAAUGUGAAAUGAUUUCCAAGCAGGUUUCUUUUAAUGUAUUGUUAUUGGUGUCUGUAUUUUCAGUUAUGUACAUGUACAAUUAGCAUAGUAUUGCAAACUGUGUGAAUAAACCUCCAAUUUGCAGAUGAGAUCGAACAAAUA